ACGGGUUGCGAGUUCUUCUUUGAAGAAACAGAAGAGCCUCCCUAUGAGUUAGACGUAGGAGAACUUAAGGACGACGAUCAUGAUAGGAUCGAAGAGUUACUUGUGGGCUAUGCGACGCCCCUCCCAUCAAGCAGCGAUAUUAUCGAACCUCCCCCAAAGAGC